ACAACAAAGUGACGCACAAAAUAGUUUUUCUUUCACUCACUCAUAAGGAAGUCACAUAUGAUAUAUAACAUAUCUGCCUAUAGCUAAUUAUAUAUCUUCUGACCCUUAGUGCCAACCAUAGUCCAGAAAAUAAUAGCUAGCUGCAUUUAAUGUUCUUAUUCUUUGGGAAUUGAAAAAUGUAAUUGCCCAUGAUGGCAAGGAAAUGUCGACUUGACAAACUUAUUAAUACUUUGGUGGUUUGUUCAGUAUCAUGUUCUAUUGUGCUUCUUUUGUGGAGUUUGAGCUUUGAUUCAACACCAAACAAUGCAUCGAGAAAGCUCAUUGGGAAAGAGCUUACUGGUGAUUCAACAUUAAAGUUUCGCACCACGUUUCAGUUAGUGGAUCAUCUUACACCUACUCAUGAAGAAAAUGACAAAGAAAAAGAAAUCAAGCUGCUAAAAGAAGAAUUGAAGUUUACGAAAGAAGCUUUAAGAGAAGUUAAGAGCAAACAAAAGGAAAGAGGGCAUAGUUAUUCUAUGAACGAUCUGCCAAAAUGCCAAUUAUUGCACAUUGCUAUUGUUUGUGCUGGUUACAAAGAAACACGCCGAGUGGUGACAUUGAUUAAGUCCAUUUUAUUUUAUCGCCAACAUCCGCUUCACUUUCAUUUCAUAUCUGAUUCAGCUGGGCGACAUGUGCUUCAAGUGUUGUUCAAAAAAUGGAAGUUACAAAAAGUGAGUAUAAGUUUCUACGAUGCUGACAAACUCAAAGCUGAAGUUGAGUGGAUACCAAAUAGUCAUUACUCUGGAGUGUAUGGCUUAAUGAAGCUUACUCUGACAAAAGCAUUACCUGAUAUCUUGGACAAGGUUAUUGUGCUGGAUACAGAUGUGUUCUUUCUGACAAAUAUUGCAGAACUUUGGAAAUUGUUUGAGAAAUUUUCCACUCAGCAGGCUAUUGGACUUGUAGAAAACCAAAGUGAAUGGUACACUGGAAAACUCUGGAAGAAGUACAAGCAUUGGCCGGCUCUGGGCCGAGGAUUCAACACAGGUGUUAUGUUGUUCGAUUUACAAAAGCUUCGACAAAUUGGAUGGGCAAACUUAUGGAGGAUGACGGCAGAAAAACAAUUGAUCAAUCUCUUGUCAACUGUACUGGCUGAUCAAGAUGUAAUAAAUGCUGCCUUGAAAGAUAAUCCACAAGUUGUGUACAAGUUACCCUGCGAAUGGAAUAUUCAGCUAAGUGAUAACACUCAAAGUGAGUACUGCUAUGAGGAAGUGACAGAUCUAAAAAUCAUACACUGGAACUCACCAAAAAAACUUGGAGUCAAACAUAAACAUGCAAAGUAUUUUCGUAACAUGUAUCUAACAUUUCUGCAGUAUGAUGGAAAUCUGUUGAGGAAUAAAAUUUUCUCUUGUAAUGUUGGUCAAGAUAUGGAAGGUGAAAGUACUAGCGAUGUUACAUUAACAGAAUCUGAUCAAUGUUAUGAAUUUAAUUUGGAACAGACCAUGUCGAGAAGAGUUCAUUUGUUUUAUGUUGAUUAUAACUAUGAACCCAUUGAUGGUAAAGAUAUCACAUUGUUAGCACAUUUAUCUAUGGACAGACUUCAAAUAUUAGAAUCACUAGCGCAGCAUUGGGAAGGACCAAUGUCGAUAUCUUUGUAUGCAUCUGAUGCUGAAGCUCAGCAAUUUUCACGCUAUUCCAGCAAAUCUGAUGUUCUCAGCAAGAGGGGAAAUAUAGGAGUACAUAUUGUAUACAAGGAUGGGGAUCUCUAUCCAGUCAACUAUCUUCGCAAUAUUGCUUUAGAACAAGUUCAAACAACACAUGUUUUUUUAAGCGAUAUCGAUUUUCUACCAAUGACAGGAUUGUACACUUAUUUACGUAACAUUGCGAGUUCUACAGAUCUGCAAAAGAAGGCUGUUGUGGUACCUGCUUUCGAAGCGUUUCAGUACAAGUUUAAUUUUCCACCAACUAAAGAAAUUUUAAUCAACAUGCUUGAUAGUGGAAAGCUUGAUACAUUCAGACAAAAUGUUUGGCCGGCUGGACACGCUCCGACAAAUUUUGACAAAUGGAAAUCCGCUACAAAAAAUUAUAUGAUCGAGUGGAAGACAGAUUUUGAACCUUACAUUUUGGUGAAGCGUCAAAAUCUACCAUAUUACGAUAUGAGAUUUGUAGGCUUUGGUUGGAACAAGGUUUCGCAUAUCAUGGAACUUCACGCUGCUAAGUACAAAUUCAUAGUUGCAGCGAACGGAUUUAUCAUACAUAUGCCCCAUGCUCCCUCUUUUGAUAUCACGAAAUACAGAUCUAAUAAUGUAUAUAGAAGAUGUUUACGAAAACGAAAAGAAGAAUUUAAAGGUGAUCUAGAAAGAAAAUAUAAAGUAAAUUUUGAUAGUUAGUAUAUCAGGAAAUAGGUUUACAUAUUUUAUGUUUUAAAUUAAGAGACGUCUUUAAAAAAUCGGUAAUCAGAUUUUUCUAAUAAAUGAUUAUACGCGAUAAAGUGCGAUAAAGUCGAAACUCAAGGGAUUAAAUGAUUGCACAUGAUAUGAUAAUGAAAUUAAUCGCUUUUAUUCGCGUUUAUAUUUCUCGGAUAUUUUGAGACUUGAUGUCUGGCCGAGAUUUGCUUAUAAAGAAAAUAAAUAAAUUACGUAAUAAAUAAAAAAAUGGAAUUUUUCACUCUUGAGGUAAAUAAGGUAUACAUUUAUUUAUUUCAAAGUGUAUUUAUAUAUAUAUAUAUAUGUAUAUUAUGCAUAUAUUUUUUAUUGUAAUAUGACGAUUUUUAGUAUAUUAUUUUGUGUUUUUAUUUGAUUGUCCAAAACUGGCAUAAACACGUAUAAUUUUACAUAUAUAUGUCAAUGCUAGCUUUGAAGGAGGUAUAUUCUUCAUAUUUUUAGAAAAUGAAUGUAUAAAUAAAGAUUUUUAUUUUAACCGAGUGUCUAUUCACACCGA